AUGGUGACCAACAUUGUUCGCAGUGACAUUGCCCUGGAUAAGCAGAAAGGCUGUAAGAUCGCCCAGCACCCUGACAUUAUGUUGGAGCUACAGAGGGAAAAGGCAGCUCAGAUGCACUUGGUUUUGUUAAAGGAGCAGUUUUCAAACACAUACAGCAACCUCACAUUAACAGCCAGGUCUCUAGACAAACUCUAUAACUUUGCUGACUGCUCUGGCCUUCACCUGAUCUUUGCACUGAAUGCUCUGCGCAGAAAUCCCAAUAACUCCUGGAACAGCUCCAAUGCACUCAGCCUGUUGAAGUACAGUGCCAGCAAGAAAUACAACAUCUCCUGGGAGCUGGGCAAUGAACCCAAUAACUAUCGGACUCUGAUUGGUCGUUCAGUGAACGGCAGCCAGCUGGGGAAGGACUACAUCCAGCUGAGAAGCCUGCUGCAGCUUAUCCGCACUUAUUCCAGAGCAAACCUCUAUGGACCAAACAUUGGGAGGCCCAGAAAAAAUGUCAUCGCUCUCCUGGAAGGGUUCAUGAAAGUGGCCGGCAGCGCGGUGGAUGCUGUUACCUGGCAACAUUACUACAUUGAUGGCCGAGUGGCCAAAGUGACGGACUUCCUGAAAACGCGCCUGUUAGACACGCUCUCUGACCAGAUCAGGAAAAUCCAGAAAGUGCGUGGUGAACACGUACACGCCGGGGAAGAAGAUCUGGCUGGAAGGCGUUGGAGCUACCUCAGCUGGAGGCAUGAACAACCUCUCCGAUUCCUACGCUGCCGGGUUCCUGUGGCUGAACACGCUGGGCUUGCUGGCCAGCCAGGGCAUCGACGUGGUGGUGCGGCACUCCUUCCUCGACCACGGGCACAACCAUCUCGUGGAUCAGAACUUCAACCCGCUGCCGGACUACUGGCUGUCCCUCCUCUACAAGCGCCUCAUCGGCCCCAAGGUGCUGGCGAUCCACGUGGCCGGCCUGCAGCGGAAGCCCCGGCCCGGCAGGGUCAUCCGCGACAAGCUCCGCAUCUACGCCCACUGCACCAGCUACCACAACCACAACUAUGUCCGCGGGUCCAUCACCCUCUACAUCAUCAACCUGCAUCGCUCCCGGAAGAAAAUCAAGCUGGCAGGGACGCUGCGGGAUAAGAUCGUCCACCAGUACCUGCUGCAGCCCUACGGCAAAGACGGGCUCCCCUCCACGUGGGUGCAGG